GAUUGGGAGAGAGCUGCGCCUCGCCACAGCCGGUCUCCACGUCCGAACCGACUCGAAAAACUAGCUCUUUUCCCGCAAACGGCAAAAGGUCGCCCCCGGGUCCACGUGUGAAGAAGUUUUUGUGCAUGAAUAAGUUGGCUGGCUGCUUUCAAAAGAGUUUGGUGUCCUAAAUAGCGAACCUUAGUCGAUGGAUUUACCACUCUCAAUACAAGAACAUUUUAACUGUACUUUCUCCCUAGGCUAGAAAUCGUGAAGCAUGGGUGACUGGAGCUUUCUUGGGCGGCUGUUGGAGAAUGCACAGGAACACUCUACAGUGAUCGGCAAGGUCUGGCUGACUGUCCUCUUCAUCUUUAGGAUCCUGGUGUUAGGAGCGGCGGCGGAGGAAGUGUGGGGCGAUGAGCAGUCGGACUUCACCUGCAACACGCAGCAGCCCGGUUGCGAGAACGUCUGCUACGAUGAGGCUUUCCCCAUCUCGCACAUCCGCUUCUGGGUCCUGCAGAUCAUAUUUGUGUCCACGCCCACUCUCAUUUACCUGGGUCACGUACUGCACAUUGUCCGCAUGGAGGAGAAGCGCAAAGAGAGGGAGGAGGAACUGCGAAAGGCCAGCAGACUCCAGGAGGAGAAAGAACUCCUGUAUAGAAACGGAGGGGGAGGGGAGGUUGGCAGAGGAGGAGGAGGUGGGGGGGGUGGCGGCAGUGGCAAAAAGGAGAAACCGCCAAUCAGAGACGAGCACGGCAAAAUCCGCAUCAGGGGAGCCCUGUUGCGUACCUACGUGUUCAACAUCAUUUUCAAGACCCUCUUUGAGGUGGGCUUCAUUUUAGGUCAGUAUUUUCUUUAUGGCUUCCAGCUCAGGCCGCUGUACAAGUGCGCGCGGUGGCCCUGCCCCAAUACCGUGGACUGCUUCAUCUCCAGGCCCACGGAAAAGACCAUCUUCAUCAUAUUUAUGCUUGUGGUGGCUUGCGUGUCUCUUUUGCUGAAUCUGUUAGAGAUCUAUCACCUUGGAUGGAAGAAGGUGAAGCAGGGCAUGACCAACGAAUGUGUCCCUGACCACGAGUCACUAGAUCACACUGAGGCGGUGGAGACAGAGUCCAUGACCACUACCCCCAGAACUGCCCCUCCCACCCUUAGCUACCCACCCAACUACAGCGAGGCCACGGCCGAGUUCAAGAUGGAUCCUCUGCACCAAGAGCUUCAGGAGCCCUCCCCUUUCUACAUUAGCAACAACAACAACCACAGGCUUGCUGCCGAGCAGAACUGGGCUAACCUGGCCACCGAGCAGCAGACUCGGGAGAUGAAGGCCACUGCUCCCACUCCCCCCUCUUCCUCCUCCUCUUCCUCCUCCAUGUCCUCCUCCUCUGAUAACAAGCACCAGCCCAGAGAAGAUGCUCCCCCCACCAGUGUUCCUAGCUCGAGUGGUGGCAGCUUAAAUGGCAGAAAGAGUGAAUUUGAGGAAGGAAAGGUCACUACUGUGGAGAUGCACGAGCCGCCUAACACGCUCACUGACCUCCGGCGGCUGAGCAGGGCUAGCAAAGCGAGCAGCGUAAGAGCAAGGCACAACGAUCUGGCUGUCUAGUGAC